GGGCCGGGGCCGGCGGGCGGGCCGAGGCGAGCGGAGCGCGCCGCACGCCGCCCAGCGCGAACAUGGCAGCGGGGGAACCGCAGGCGAAGAAGCUGAAGCUGGAGCAGAAGCAGCUGAGUGAAAAUGUCCUGUUUGGAAUGGGAAAUCCUCUGCUUGACAUCUGUGCAGUUGUAGACAAGGACUUCCUCGACAAGUAUGGACUGAAGCCAAAUGACCAAAUUUUGGCAGAGGACAAGCACAAAGAACUAUUUGACGAACUUGUGAAAAAGUUCAAAGUAGAAUAUCAUGCUGGUGGUUCUACUCAAAAUUCCGUUAAAGUGGCCCAGUGGAUGAUUCAGAGCCCUUACAAAGCUGCAACUUUCUUUGGGUGCAUUGGCAAAGAUAAAUUCGGAGAGAUCUUAAAGAAGAAGGCUGAAGAAGCUCAUGUGGAUGCCCAUUACUAUGAGCAGAGUGAAGAACCAACGGGAACCUGUGCUGCCUGCAUCACCAGUGAUAACAGGUCCCUCGUAGCUAACCUUGCUGCUGCUAAUUGCUAUAAGAAGGAAAAGCAUCUUGAUUUGGAGAAGAACUGGAAGCUGGUGGAAAAGGCCAAAGUUUAUUAUAUAGCAGGAUUCUUCCUGACGGUGUCACCAGAAGCAGUAUUAAAGGUGGCUGCUCAGGCUUCUGCAAACAACAAGAUCUUCAGCUUGAAUCUUUCUGCACCAUUUAUUAGCCAGUUCUACAAAGAGCCUAUGAUGAAAGUCAUGCCUUAUGUUGAUGUUCUUUUUGGAAAUGAGACGGAAGCUGCCACUUUUGCCAGAGAGCAAGGCUUUGAGACUGAAGACAUUAAAGAGAUAGCCAGGAAGACACAAGCCCUGCCAAAGGUGAACACCAAAAGGCAACGAAUCGUGGUCUUCACCCAGGGGAAAGAUGACACUGUUAUGGCUACAGAAAAUGAAGUGACUACUUUCCCUGUGUUGGUGAGUGAUCAGAGUGAAAUUGUGGAUACCAAUGGAGCUGGAGAUGCAUUUGUUGGAGGCUUUCUGUCGCAGCUCGUCUAUGACCGGCCGGUGACCGAGUGCAUCCGGGCGGGACAUUACGCCGCCAGCGUCAUCAUCAAGCGCUCGGGCUGCACCUUCCCAGAGAAGCCCGACUUCCACUGAUACUGGGCAAUUGGAGGGAUCAAGAGUAACUCCCAUGUUGCCACGGGAUUGCUGCCUAUGUUUUUUCCUCCUUCCCUUUCCUCACCUUUCCAAUUACCUGCAUCAACGCUUCUGUACUUCUGUUCAUCGCAUUCUAAACAAAAGAUGUAUCUCUAUGGUGUUUUCCUUUUCAAUACCAGUACAACGUCUCAGUAGUCUUUAACUUCUGGAAACAGUGCUAAGUGAAGCUUCUUCUCUCAUCCAUCAGGAAAAAAAGUGUUCUGUUUACCCAGUUUAUAAGGAAGCCCCGUGUAAAUGACACUGCUGAUUAAAAUACUUGUGUUGAAUUAUCUAGUUUGUAUCCAGCUGUGGCCAAAUCCUACUCAACUCACGUGAAGUCAACAGACCUCACUUUGUGUUACAAGCCUGGAAUUGUUUUUCCCAUAUAGUGGAGUCACAGUAAAGAGUGGUUUCGUUAUGUAUUUGAGUGUGUAAGAAUCUGGCCAUCAGACCCUGAAAGUGAGUAGCUGUUUUGGCAGUAAUUUAAGGAUCCAAAGCUGAUAUCCUGCGUUCAGUCACCUUGCACUGAUGCCUGUAGCUUCGGGUCUGUCACUCUGUGAGGGGGCAGGGUCUGGCCACUCCACACCCAGCCACAUUCAUCUGUCAGGUGAGCCAGCAGGUAGGUACUUUCAGUGAUUUCAGGGCGAGUUGGUGAUGAACACAAACAUACAGAUAGGUCCCAUCUCCUCCACGUUGAGCUUUCUAGAGGCUGCAUUUAUUCAGGUACACCCAGUGAAAAGGAGGUACAGAAAUCUUAAUGCAGGAUCCAUGGUCGGGAAAUGCCAAACAGAAUCUCUGAAGCGCACACACUUUUAAACUUCUCGUUUCCUUUGGAUAAUUAAGCAAUAUGGUGGAUUGUGUUUGUAUUUACAGUAUUCAAAGAGGUGAUCUGACACUGCAUUCAUUACUUUGCUAUGUAAUUUGAUACUGAUGAAUAAAACAAUUGUCAUACAGUAA